AUGUUCUUUAUUUAUUUUGCAUCAUUAAUAUUUGUGAUUGCAGCCUAAGGAGAAGAAGAAUCCUUUGAAGAUGAUGACUUUUUAAUACCGCCUCCUGAUGACGAGGGUUCAUUCGCACAUCCAUUGCAUAGAACUUAUUUAGAAGAUUCAUAUUGUAUGGAUGGCACAAAAGCAGCUGGUUAUCUCUUUGAAGGUAGCUCUGAUGACUUAAUUAUGUAUUUCUAUUCUGGGGGAAUCUGCAUUGAAGAUAGCACAAAAUUUCUGAAAUUUGGAGAUUAUGUUUAUAUUGAUAAUUGCACUUAUAGAAAUACUACAUUCUAUGGUAGUACCAAUGGAUAUCCAGAAGAAUUCAAUGCUAAUUAAGGUUUAAUGGGAAAUAACAAAUAUUAAAAUGUGCAUCUUAGAAAAGCUCAUAAAAUGUUUUUAAUGUAUUGUGAUGGCAAUAUGUGGUAUACACAAAUGAAUUCAAAAGUCUUUAAGGGAGCUCUAUCUUAAAUGAAGUUAAUCCCUAAAAGAAUUAUAUUAGCAGGAUCUGGUGUAGGAGGAUGGUAUAUAGUAAAUAAAUAUAAUGAAUUAAGAACAGCCAUAAAAGAAUUUUAUUAGGAAGAGGUUGAAUUGAGGAUUCUUUUGGAUAGUGUUAUUUUUGAUAUAUCUAGAAAUCAAGAUAUCAUUGAUGCAUACACUGAGGCUACAAAGAGAGCAGGUAUAACCAUGAAUGAUAUUUUUUCUUUUGAUGCUCUCUUAAAAAUUGAUAUCCCCACUUUUAUCGUGCAUUCUCAAUAUGACUGGUGGCAAUUAGAAAUUACUGAUGGAUUUGAAUGCAUUGAUAAGAUCCAUUUGGAUAAAUGCACUCCUAAAGAAAAGAAAUAGAUAGAAAAGAUUAGAUUAAACAUUCUAUAAUAAUUGAAGGAUUUGAUGAGAGCAAAACCAGAUUGGGGAUUAUGGGCUAUAAGUUGUGUAUUUAAUGAAUUAGUCAUUUGGACUGAAUCAUGGAACCAUCCUAAAUUCUAAAUUCCAAUGUUAAAAGGAGGCUUACUAUCUGAUAAAUUUUAAGAGUAUCUAUAUUUGUUAAUCUUAGUUGGCUAGAAAAUAUAGGAGAAAGUAAUGUACAUUAUGACAUUGUACCUUGGCCAGAUAAUAAGCCAUGUAGCAAUAUCUUUCAUAAUGGCAAAACCGAUCCAUAAUUGGAUGAAAUGAUCAGAAAUUAUGAGAAUAAAGAGUCAAGGAGUAAGAGAGAAGAAAAAUAUGAUUUGUGAAAU